CGAGUUUAUGGGGUCCAGCGGGUAUGUCUCUCGUCUGAACCCCUUGUUUCAGCACGUCCUAGCAGAUUGCCGAGUUCCAUUGGGUAGGGAUCGCCGUUCGCCAGCGGGUCAUAGAGUAACACACUCGCGAGCCUCAACUACUAUUAAAGAGCCGCAUAGUGCUCGAUAUCUGGAAUGCUUUUGGAGGCCAUUCUAUUCAUUUCAUUUCAACCAGUACAGCCAUUUACAUUCUCUGCCACCAGUUUUUUCACUUCAACAAAACAAUUGUUUUAAAUACCUUCAAUCCCGGCUUUCGAAUACCUAAUCACUACCGCAAAAAUGGUCCGCAUCAGCUUUGCCGCAACUCUCCUGAGCGUCUUCGUCGCUUCAGCGCUUGCACUCACUCCCAACGUGGCCGGAGCCCGCGACGUCGGUAACGGCCAAGGCGCCCAGUUUACAACCGCCGGCUGCAUCGACGACAGCGACUGCUCCGAGGGCUGCUGUGCCGGGGGUGCCUCGGACGAAGAGGGUAACGAGGUCGGCAUCUGCUCCGGUAUCGGCGCCGAGUUUCAGAACGGCAAGACGGGCUGCGGAUUCGUGGAUCCCAACGCCGAUGCCACCAUUGCCGCGGCUCAGGCCCAGGUCGAGAAGCAGGGCUUCUAAAUCUGCUGAGGAGGUUUCAGGAUAGUAAUUGGACCUGGACUUCGGAAAGGUUUAUUUAAUGGCAUACUAUGCGAAGGGAUCUGAUCUAUAGGCUGGCACUUUAUGGAUGAUUGAUCGCGGAGCGCUGAGGUUAUAGAAAAGUUAUGAUUUGACGAAACAUUGAAAAUCUCCGAGACGGACUUUCUAUACAUAUUCUUAUGAUACGA